AAGAGGUUUUUGCAAGAGAGAACCUCGAAGAAGCAACGACCAAAUUUUCUACAGCAAAUUUAUAGCAACUUCAACCUACAACGGCUCUCUGUGGGUUUUCUGCAGUGUAAAUAAGGCAAGCUCUGCUGAGAUGGGUUCCAACCUACAACGGCUCUCUGUGGGUCUUCUGCAAUGUAAAUAAGGCAAGCUCUGCUGAGAUGGGUUCUCUUUAAAAUUUCCACUAGGCCUCUUAACACAACACAUUGCAUGAAUGUUAAUUUUACACUCAGGAAUUGCAUCAAUUAAAACCAGGCUCUAGUAGCUUUUGGGUUUCUUGCUUGACUCAUCCACUCCCCUUCUCCGCCCUACAGCUUGGGAACCGCCAUGGGAAGACUUAGCCAAGUUAGACCUCUCUUUUUCACGGGGGUACAAUUUCGGAAGGCUGAUUUAAGUGGCCGACACGGACGCGUUGGGCAGCGGUGAAACCCUGGGAGGAGCAGAUCUGAAAAGGGUUACAAGACAAGCAAUUGUUUUGGCUUGCUAGUUGAAAGCUCAAUUGUGGAAGUUGAUCUCUCCAAGUCCGAGUCCUAGAAUGGUGAGACCAAUUGCAUAAAUUCUCUCAUCUCAGAAAUUCAAGCUCUCAACAUUUUCUUCUCAUUGCAAAUUAUUACUAGUGAUAUAGAUACAAUUUCAUGCAACCCGCACGAUGCUUUGAGCUCCCAGUUACAGGCAUUGCAAAGUUUUUCAAUGGAAAUUGUUCGAAGGUGGGAAUUUAUGUGAAAGGGAGGAGGAUGGGCAGAAACAAGCAGGCUAUGAUGAGAAAUUUCAUAACAGCUAUACAGGCUGCAAAAGUAUAAGCUCCAUGGAGAACCUAUUGCAUUGCUCAAUUUCGGAGGACGAAACGAUGGAAUGCAAUUGCAGCAAUGUAGUAUCGAUGAAGAAACGAGGAAUUUGAAAUAUGUGGUUGCCUCAAAGCAAUUUUAAAUCAUAUGUAGGACUCACGCAAGAAACCCAAAAGCUACCAAAGUCCCAUUUCUAAUAGAUGUCAUGAAACUCAUAAGGAAAAUCCUGAACCAUUUGAGAUUUAGGUAUAAAAGCAUCAUCAAUGCAAUGUCUAAUGUUCAACAGGUCUCAUUCCUUGGGAAUUUUUAAAGAGAACCCAUCUGCAACAGAGCUUGCCUUAUCUGGUAUCGAACAAGGCCCACCUUCAAGAGAACUGAUUUGUGAGAAUGCAUCACAAUUUAGAGGCCCUUGCAGUGGUUUGGGCUUACCUGUAGAAAGCUCAAUUGUGGAAAUUGAUAUCUCCCAACUCCAAGUACAAGAAUGGCGAGGCCAAUUGUAUGAAUUCCCCAUCUUAGUAGUUCAAGCUCUGAACCUUUUCUCUUCGUUGGUGACGGAUAAAGAGUCUUGCUGCUUCCACUCGUUCCUCAAUUCUUUAAAUGAGACAGAACAUAUAAUAUCUCUCUGCGUUGUGGGUGAGUGACAUUAUGAAUUCUUUUAACGGUUUCUGAUAUUUAUUGCAAGGUUGUCUAUCUGACAAUUUGUGUAAGCCUUUGCAUUGCUAUACUUCUGCACACAAUUUUGUUUGAUAUUAAUUGAGAGUAUUUUGACGCUGUAGUCUGUGCCUUUAAGAAAAGUUGUAAGGUCAAUGUUGAGUGUUGAUUUUCGCUAGUUUCUGAUCUAGUUGAGCUUUGCUGAUUAUUUUUGUGAUCUAGUUGAGUUUUGCUAAUUAUUUUUGUUAUCUAGUUGAGUUUCAAAGAAAUCUGAGGAUGUGGUUUAUCAAGGAACCUAAAUUUAUUCCUCCUUUUCUCUUCUAUAGAUGUAUAAGUUUCAAUAUCUGUUCCAUUCUCCUCACAUAAGAAUGAAUAGGAAAAACCAAGACCUGUUUAGGUAUCAUACAUGGGUGCUCACAGGUCAUUGAAGCUAAUCCAUUACUCAUCCUUUCUAUAUAGUACGGUGACUAUAUAGUAGAAUUGAGCAGCUCGUGGGGCAGAGCAGGUAUGUGAAGAGAAACUUCAUAGACAAUCAAAUAAUUCAUAAAUUCUAAUGAAUAGUUUUUAAAGAUUGUUGUCGUUUGCUUUCAUUUUGAGCUCUACAUGUGAUGUCUUAUACAUUCCCUUUGCCACACUCAUAUAUAACUUCUGUCUUUAAUGGAAUACUCUCCAUAUACUUUUGUAACAUUGAAAAUGGAAGACCCCGCAACUUUGGUAGCUUAAUCUAGUGCACAAUGUUCCAAAACUUUUUCAAGGCUUUGUUCAUCUCUGUUAUAUAUAUAUCGUAAAAUUGCAACAUCCAUAAUGUCUCCAUACUCCUGGAAUAGUCAACAUCUUAAUUGCAUUCGUCGUUGCUUUAUUUCAUUUGCACUAGAACCUUCUCAUGAACUGUUGUCUUGUUUGGAACGCUCCUUUGCUUAAUCCUUGGUCCUAAAACAACAUGAAAUAGUGUCAGUCUGUUUCUUCUCUCUCCAGCCAAAUAGCUCAACUGAUAUUCUAAUGACUGGAUGAUCACUUGUUUAUCCAUGAAUUUUUUGACCUUUAGUGUAGUGUCAAAAAUAUAUUAAUUGAGAAAUCCUAUUGAGAACAACAUACAUAGAGUAAAAUCCAUACAGUGACCUGGACAUGAUUCAGGUGAGCAUGAUAUUUUAUUUGAUAGCCAUGAUAGAUGUCCCUGGGGUGCACCGAGAAGAGGGUCUAUUUGAAAAUUAUUAUAGAGAACGAAGAAACUUCAAAAUCUAAUAAAUUAUUUAAACUUUGGGCUAAGAUAGAUAGCCAACUGUAUGGUGGAGAGGUAAGUAUAGCAAAUUUGGAUCAGUGAGUGUCCCGAAUGGAAGUUUAUUUUGAUUUAGAAAUUUUUUCUUUUUUUGAUAUUAAAACUUGUUGGGCAUGCUCUUAAUUGGUAUGAAAGCUAUGCUCUUUAUUUUUUAGAUUCAUUAAGUAGAAAUGGUGUCCGAGUCAUACGAAUUCAAUUCAUUGUUGAGGAAGCGAUUCCACCCCAUUUUCCAUAAAUAAGAGAGAGUGAUGAAAUGACAUCAUUGUAAUCAAGAAUGAAAGAAUCCUUACUGAUUUCUACCAGACAUUUUCAAGUUAUUUGCCAAUAUCUUUACAAACAAUUUACAUGAAGCCUAAAACCCAUUCAUCCAAUAUUUUUGGAAACAGAAUAAUUGUUGGAAGUGAAGUCCAACGGACUCCUUCCUUUUGCCGCCAAAACUCUUGGCUAUUCAUAUUCUCUUUGCAAGCUCUUUAAGAGCUGAUUGUAAUUCAUUUGUAGAGGUUAAUUUUCUGGAGCUGAUUGCAGUUGUAUAUAUGUAAACUAGAUUGGUGAUUAAUAGAUUGAUUCCCCUGCUUCAAGUGUGGAUGUAGGCAAUUGCCGAACCACGAUAAAUCUGUGUGUUCUCAUUGUCUGUGUUGUGUGUUUUUAAUUCUGUUUAUUUGCUGUUUUAAUUCGUUUCUUCAUCCUAACAAUUGGUAUCAGAGUGAGGUUAGAUCGCUGUUUAGAUUUUGGUGUUUGAAUUCCAAAAUCAUGGAAGAAUCGAAGAGAGAGAAGUUCUCCGGUCAGAGCUUCAGGUUAUGGAAGGUGCAGAUGGAGUCUUUGCUGAUAAAGCAAGACCUUUCACUUGCGCUUGAAGGGAAAGCAAAGAAACUAGCUGGGAUGGCUGAUGAAGAAUGGGAAAAAUUGGACAAGAAGGCGAUAGCGACAAUUUUUCUCUCGCUGUCCAAUAAUGUUCUCUUUAAUGUCACGGGUAAUGCAACAACAAAAGAUGUAUGGGAUAGACUCACAGCCAUGUAUGAAAUGACAUCGACUGCAAAUAAAGUUUUUAUUAUGAAGCGCUUGUACAAACUGUAAAUGAAGGAAGGUUGUGCUAUGGCAAACCACAUCAAUGAAUUCGAUACAUUGAUUAGUCAAGCGACUUCGGUGGGGAUGACACAAGAUGAUGAAAGCAAGGCUGUUCUAUGAUUAUGUUCUUUGCCAAGCAACUGGGAUGGCGUUGUAACAGAAGUUAGCACAUCUAUAUCUGGUAAAAAUAAGUUGGUUUUUAAUGAUGUAGCAGCUACUCUUCUUAGCGAGGAUUUGAGAAGAAAGAUUGAUGAACCUUCAUCCGGUGAAGUCUUAACGGUGGUCAGCAAUGAAAAUAGAGGUAGAAGUCAUAAUAGAGGCAGAAAUAAUUACCAUAGACGUUCGAAAUCAGCAAAGAGAUCGAAGUCUAGAAACAGAAAUGGUGAAUGUUGGUUUUGUGGCAAAGCUGGUCAUGUGAAGAAAGAUUGUAGAAAUUUCAAAAGGGCACAAGAGAGGGUGCGAGACAGCGAAGCAAAUACAGUUUAUGAUAAAGAUGAUAGUGUAUUAAUCCUUUCAACAACCGACACUAUUUCAGAUUCAUGGGUUCUUGAUUCCGGUGCCUCCUAUCAUGCUACCUCAUGUCUUGAAGCAUUCAUUAACUACCAUGAAGGUCAUUUUGGCAAUGUUUUCUUAGGAGAUAACAAAGCUUGUGAAAUUACAGUCAAAGGGGAUGUAUUGCUGCCAUUAGAAGGUGGUAAAACAUGGCUGCUCAAAGAUGUUCACCAUGUCCCAAAAUUGAAGCGGAAUUUGAUAUUCGUUGGACAGCUCUUUGACCAAGGUCUAAAUGUAAAUUUUCUCCCAGAUACAUGGAAGGUAACUCAUGGUACCAUGCUGAUUGCAAAUGGUAAUAAAGUGGGAAGUCUAUACAUAUUUAAGACUCAUGGUGAAGUGGGAGCUGCAAUGGUGAUUGAGGACAGCAAAGCGGAUCUUUGGCAUCAAAGACUUGGCCAUAUUAACAAGAAAGGACUCCAUGUUAUGCAUACAAGAAAUCAGCUACCGGGCCUCAAACUUGUGGACUUAGCCUUUUGUGAACAUUGCCUUUAUGGCAAACAAAAGAGAGUCAGUUUUUUGAAAGGUGGGCAUGACACAAAGACAACACCGCUGGAGCUUGUAUACUCGGAUGUUUUUGGGCCUACCGAGGUAACCUCCAUUGGAGGAGCUAACUAUUUUGUAACUUUUCUUGAUGAUUGUACAAGAAAAGUAUGGAUUUAUAUGCUUUCUAGGAAAUCUGAAGUACUUUCAAAAUUUAAAAUUUUCAAGGCUUUAGUUGAAAAUCAGAUUGGGCAUAAGAUUAAAUGCUUACAAACCGAUAACGGUGGGGAAUUUUGUUCACAUGAAUUUGAUGAUUUUUGUGCUGAUAAUGGGAUUAGAAGAAUCAAGGUUGUUCCUUUCACUCCUCAAGAAAACGGUGCAACCGAGAGGAUAAAUAGAACAAUUCUUGAAAAGGCACGAUGUAUGUUGUCUAAUGCAGGUUUAGGCAAGAAAUUUUGGGCAGAAGCGUGUAACACAGCAGUGUAUUUAAUCAACUGAAGUCCAUCAUCUAAAUUGGAUUUUGGUAUUUCGGAAGAGGAAUGGCAAGGGAAGAGGAUUUCAUACUCGCAUCUUCAUGUGUUUGGAUGCGAAGCCUUCUCGCAUAUACCCAAGGAAAAGUGAACGAAAUUGGAUCCAAAGUCGCUGAAAUGUAUUUUUGUGGGGUAUGGAGAAGAGCAAUUUGGUUUCAAAUUGUGGGAUCCAGUUCACAAAAAGAUUGUUCGCAGCAGGGAUGUAGUUCUCCAUGAAACCUUCUUUCCUGCACUACAAGAUUUAAAUAAAUUAGAGACAGAAUAUGUCCCUAUGUCUUUGUUUCAGAAUUUGACUACUAGCGCUCUGCCUUCGGUCUCUCAUUCAGUGGGAGCUCCUAUGACGUCUACCUCUGUUGAAUAUAAUUCUCAGACUGAGAAUGAAGGAGUGUUGAAAAAGUUUGGUCUUCAUUUAAUUCAGAAUUUGGGGGUCUGCAAAACAGAGCACAUCCUCUUCAAACUAACACUCAUAUGGAAGAACAUCCAUACGGUGAGCACUUUGGCUCACAUCAUCACCAAAUUGUUGGACAUUCUCCACUGCAUCUUGCACACCUUGCUCCACACUCCCCACAUUCCUCACGGCAUGCUGCGGAGCUUUCUAAUGCAACACAUCCACCGCAGUCCCCACACCGCGCAGCUUCCUCCACUCCUCCGCAGGCCCCUUGUGGUCUUCCCCGUGAGUCUCUCGCAGUCUCCUCACCUCUCCCGCGGGCUCCCUACAGUCCACUCCACGGGGUCCCUGCAGGCUCCACCUCUGCAGUCCCACCGUGGAGUCACCCUCCAGCGCAGACUGUGGAGGAUGCCAUCACGACUCCCCACUCUCUGCACUCCCGACAACCCCAGGCCGUGGACAAUUCUGUCGUGACACCCAGCUCCUUGCACACAUGCAGAACGCAAGUAGUGCAAAAUAUUGCUGCGGGUUCCUCCUCCCAUGACGUGCCUGCAUUAAACAAGGAUAAAAAUCCACAGGAUUUCGCAUACCCUGCAGAUAGGAAAACAAACAGGAAUAUUAGCAGACAAAUUAACAGUGGGAGUGAUGUUAAUUUACAUAAACAAGGAUUACAAAAAUUGAAUGACUCUACUACUGAAACAAAGAGUCAAUUGAGGAAAUCAACCAGACAGAGGCGACCUCCUACAAAGUUCUUCGAUUAUGAUUUACUGUUUUGUGAAGAGGCUGAACCUUCUUUGCUCAUCUCUGAUCAAACAGAGCCUGCAACAUACAAAGAAGCUUGUAAAAUUGCAGACCGUGAUAACUGGCACGCUGCAAUGUGCGAAGAAAUGGACGCACUAGUGAGAAAUCAGACAUGGGAUUUGGUGCCACUUCUGCCUGACAGGAAGGCAUUAAGAAAUAAAUGGGUGUAUAGACUAAAAGAUGAAGCCGAUGGUCACAAAAGAUUUUGAGCAAGACUGGUUGUAAAGGGAUAUGCUCAGUAGCAAGACCUCGACUUCAAAGAAAUUUUCUCGGCAGUAGUUAAAAUGACUACCAUCCGAGCAGUAUUGGGCUUAGUUGCAGCCUGGGAUCUUGAACUUGAACAGCUGGAUGUGAAGACGACAUUUCUCCAUGGCGAUCUUGAUGAGGAACUAUUUAUGCAUCAGCCGGAAGGGUUCAUUAAAAAGGGGCAGGAACAUCUUUAUUGCAGAUUGAAACGCAGUUUGUAUGGGCUUAAGCAAGCCCCCUGACAGUGGUAUCUUAAAUUUGACAAAUUCAUGAUUGAUCACAAGUUUACUCGCAGCGAGUCUGAUCCUUGUAUCUAUUACAAGAAGCUUCCUAAUGGCGAAUUUGUCAUUCUUCUCCUUUAUGUGGAUGAUAUGCUAGUGGCCGACACAAGCAUGAGGAUUGUGAGUGAACUUAAAACUCACUUAGCAAAGGAAUUGGCCAUGAAAGAUUUUAGGGGCAGCAAAGAAGAUCCUAGGAAUGACUAUUUUUCGGGAUAGGAAAAAGAAAGAACUCAAACUAUCUCGCAAGACUACAUUAAAAAAGUCUUGGACAAAUUUGGUAUGGCGGAUGUUAAGUCUAUUUGUGUACCCUUAGCCUCUCAUUUUCAGUUGUCUUCUCAAUUGUGUCCAAAAACACAAGAAGAUAAGGAGUUUAUGGAUAAAAUUCCAUACAAAUCUGCAGUUGGAAGUCUCAUGUAUGCUAUGGUGUCUACUCGAUCGGACAUUGCUCAUGCCGUGGGAUUGGUGAGCAGAUUUAUGGCUAAUCCGGGAAAAUCACAUUGGGAGGUGGUUAAGUAUAUCUUGCGGUAUCUCAAAGGUACUUCUGAUUUUUGUUUAUGGUUUGGAAAGCACAAGGCAGUUUUGCAAGGGUUUACCGAUUCUGAUUUUGCCGGUGACUUAGACAAAAGAAAGUCUACGUCAGGUUAUGCUUUCACAUUUGCCGGGGCAGUGAUUAGUUGGACCUCAAAAUUGCAAAAUAUAGUUGCUCAAUCAACCGCGGAGGCUGAAUACAUAGCUCUUUCUGAGGGAGCAAAAGAGAUGGUAUGGUUGCAACUCUUGUUCAGCGAGUUGGUGUUGAAGCAAUCAGAUUUGUUUUGUGAUAACAACAGUGCCAUUUUUGUGACUAAACAUCAGAUAUCUCAGCCGCGGUCAAAACAUGUUGAUGUUCGCAGUCAUUAUGUUUGCCAUAUGGUUGAAGAAGGCAAGUUUCAUGUAGAUAAAAUUCAUACCGACAUGAAUCCAGUUGAUGUGCUCACUAAAGUAGUUAAGUGGGAGAAGUUCGAUUUCUGCCGAGCUUCUCUUGGCUUUUCCAAUAACUGAUAGCAGGACUGAGUGGGGGAAUCUACUUGUUGCAGUAGUUCGUUGGCCUUCAAUGGGAGAUUGUUGGAAGUGAAGUCCAACGGACUCCUUCCUUUUGCCGCCAAAACUCUUGGCUAUUCAUAUUCUCUUUGCAAGCUCUUUAAGAGCUGAUUGUAAUUCAUUUGUAGAGGUUAAUUUUCUGGAGCUGAUUGCAGUUGUGGAUAUGUAAACCAGAUUGGUGAUUAAUAGAUUGAUUCCCCUGCUUCAAGUGUGGAUGUAGGCAAUUGCCGAACCACGAUAAAUCUGUGUGUUCUCAUUGUAUGUGUUGUGUUUUUUUAAUUCUGUUUAUCUGUUGUUUUAAUUCGUUUCUUCAUCCUAACAAUAAUAACAUUGUAUGCUGGAAAUUAAUUAAUCAGGAGCAAUAUGAACUGAAAUCUGAUUAAUAGCUAUCUCUGACCUUACACAGUUGUCACCAGUAAGUUUACAACGAUUGGGUAUUGGCAUUGGAAGUCGCCAAUCCAGACUAUACACCCAAGUCAGGAACUCAGUUCAAACUGAAGAUGCGGAUAAGAUGCUGAUGCACUCCACCCGUUAGCCCUGCUGCAGGUCACACCAAGUGAGGAGUAACCAGCACAAAUAAUGAAAGAAUCCCGUCUCUCCGUUCAGUUCCAUUGAUACACCUUGCAGCCAAACCACAUGAAGAAGUAUAUAAACAGCUCCUGAAAAUUGCUAACAUGAUUCCGGUUCACAACAAACUCCAGAACAUCAAACAGUAAUCAAUCAAGGAAUUAACGGCUUCAAGAGAACCCAUGAACAGAUGAAAUUGUGAGUGCUUCAGCACACUUAUGGAUAGCCAAUAAUGUUAAGACUCCUUGGUCACGCUAUGCAAAAUCAUGACCUUUGAUGCCAAAUAUUGAGAAUGAUAUUCUGUGCAAUUCAAUUGCAAUAUUAAUCAAAUAACCAGACAUGAAUCCGAUUUGCCAACCUUUGUUUAGUUUCGGCCCCAAAUAACUAUCCACGGCUAUUUCAAAACUCAUUAUUUCCAAGCCUUUCUCUUGACAUAGGAAUAAUAGUAUCGUCGUCGAACACUUAAAUCAUUUGUUAAUAUUUGGAGAGCCCGAUUUAAUAACCUCUCGGUAGGAAAGUCAAAUAAAAUAUUUACAUCCAAUCUCCUGCAAAGCUUCAUGGCUAGACUCGGCAAAGAUAAAUUGUUCAACUUUUAUAUCGACUCAUUUAUUUAUUUAGCAGAUAACACAAUGAAUCUCACAUAAAAAAUAUAUCAUUAUACUCAGAAUAAAGUAAUCUUUGUUUUCCCUCAAAUCGGAUGUCAAAUACCUCAUUUGGCAAAUAUCUUUAUAUUCUGCAAAUUUGUCUCCACUGGAGAUUUUACAAAUUUGGCUCAGCUGUGAAGUCCAUCACUAAUCCACUCUCGGAAAGAGUCAGGUUUUCGUCCAACCCUUUUGUCAACUUCUGAAGGUUUUCAUCUCUAGAAAUCAUAAAUCGUUUAUCAAAAUCCAAAAGCAUACCCUUAUAAAGCCCAGGACUUCCUUAUAAAGCCCUCUUGGAAACAUCUAGAAGAUUAGGCUGAGUGGAGAACUUUAUUUAAUAAACUGACCUUAUAAUAAUAUUUUAUUAUUUUAUUGUUAUUUAAUUAAAUUAAUCAGUAUAAAGUCAUCAUUUGAAUAUUUAAUUCUUCUUUUUGAUAACUUAAUAAAAAUCAAUUUAAUUAAUUGUCGCCUUAAAAAUUGGGGACAUUAUAAUCCUUCCGGCCCAAACAUUGCUUGUCCUCGAGCAAUUCUUUGCUGCAACUAGCAAUAUGAAAAACGCUACACCACUCUGCUGCCCUACACUGCUGCAACCAGCAGUGCUAAAGUCUGCAACUCCAUUAUCCUUGAGCAUUCCCACUAUUAAGCUGAUUAAUGGAUCCCAAAUCAUCACACUCUCACACCAACAAAAAAGGUGGAGGGAUAGAUGUUUUUUAUCAUGCCACCAACACCCAAUGUCCAUCUAAAACUGUAUGAAUUCUCAAGGGUGUGAACAAUGAUCAUCCUAAGUGCCAUAAUCAGUCAUGACAAUACACCAUAUGUUGCUGUUAUGAAUCAGGACAGCAUCUAUCCGACUGAGAACCUUACUCCAAGUGAAGCAAUAAGUACCUUCAAUGACAAAGGAUGAUGGGAGUUCAUCAAUAAGCCGAACCUCCAAUAGUAGAAAGAUGACACAAUCCUCUCCAACUCCUCCAAUCAGCUGCUGUCCCCAAAAGACAACUUGAAAUCUUUGUGGUUUCAUCAUGCGAUGUACCAAGGCCUAGCUGAAACUUAUCCACACCAAGUAAAUGCCACUCAUCAUGAAGAACAGCUCCAUACUCCAAUAAUGUAAAAAUAGAACAGCUCCAUACUCCAAUAAUGUAAAAAUAGAACAGUUCCAUACUCCAAUAAUGUAUCAUGAGGUAGAAGUGUAACUGUAGUUUUUCCAGGAGUAUCCACAUGCUUAAAUAAAGCUGAAUCACCAAUGACCCCAUCCAUGUACGCUCUUUCAUAGGCUGGUCCAAAAAAUGUAAGCUUUACCAUGUGAGCCUCUAGAAGAGAUAACUCCUCAAACUUUCCACGAAUGGCCAAGAGCCCAAUCAAAUCACUUUUGCCUCCCUCUACAUGUGUAGGUUUAACACUAGUGGCUGAUCUACCAAGUGUCCUUUCUUCCUCUAUGAUUUGAGCCUUCAAUGGGUUCUCCAAAGGAAGUAACUCCUGGUCCUCAUGAUGUAUACAAACAGAAAUUUUCGGACCAUACCUCUUUGACUUUCCAUGUCCACACAAAUAUGAAUGUUCUUCUUGCUUGCUCAACUCAAAAGGACCAUCCUCUGUAUGCUCCAUCUCCAUAUCUUCUGCCCUUGGAAGAAAUAGCGAUCGGAGAUAGGCUUCUCUGCGUUGUCUUGCUUGGGAACUCAACAACUUUAACUCACUAUCUCUUCGUAGCCAUCCAUCACACAUGCUUUUCGUCUUUUUUACAUCUUUCAUGCUAUAGUAUACAAACUCAGACCUCUUGUGGCUUGGAUCCAUAACAAAUGCCUCGUGUUUGACUCUCAAAUCUUGAGUGCUAACAUUGGAAGACUCCAUAACAUUUUAUCUUCACGUGUAAGGGCUGUUAACUCAUAAUUCUUCAUAGGUAAGGGACUGCUGUUCCAAAUCAGGAAAUCAGUCCUUUUCUCAUUCCUUUGUGUGAUGUCCUUAUAGAUCUUAGUCACCUCUCCUUUUAUGAGAGGAUGGUCAUCAACAAGUGCUGAUUCAAGAGAUGUCUCCAACUGAAAAUCAAAUUCACCACCUAUCACUGAUUCAAGAGAUGUCUCCAACUGAAAAUCAAAUUCACCACCUGUCACAACUCCUGUCUCAUGGCUGCAAGUUAUAUCUUCAUCUUCUCUUCUAAAAACUUCACAUUGGAGUACCACAAAUUCUUGAAGGGCCGUUUGUGUACUCUUCAAGGAAUCCAUAUUAACCAUAAGCUCACAGGUAAGCUUAUCAAUAUCAUCUUUUUUCCUCCUAAUGCAUCAAAAUAUAUCUCAUUAAGCUGGAGGAGAUGAUCUCUAUCCAAAAGUAGGUGUAAAUGAUUUAAUUUCAUCACAACCAAAGCUUCUUUGAGUACUUGUAAGGGUGCAAGAGAUAGUUCUCCUAAUAGGCCUUGGUGUCCCCCUUGAGCCUUCCAACAAUAAUCAGCCAGCAUCUUGAGUAUCAUCAAAUGAAGUUAGGGCUGCAAUAAUCAUGUCUUCGUUUACCCUCAAUUGACCUUCCAAGUGAUGUGACUCUUGAAGUAUAGCGUCUUCAAACAAAUGUUCUGAUUUGUCUUCAUUAUCUUGCCAUUCAAAAAAAACUUCCUUCAUAACAUCUUUCCCACAAAAUUCACGUUUUGAAGUUAGGCCAACAUCAUGCUCAAUCAAAGGAUUACCAUCAUAAUAGUGAGUAGAAACAUUUACCUCAUGCCCUUCUUCAACUGCUGAUACAAAAUCUGACUGUGAGCAAUCUAAAUUAGAUCUAUCAGCUUUGCACAGUCCUUUUUACUGAUUAUAAUUAUAUUUUGGAUUCAACUGUGUGAGAACUUUUGCAUCAAUGUUUUGGGUCACACUCUGUGAACCAUCAUCCACGGAGUGUGACCUGAAACAUUGAUGCAAAAGUUCUCACACAGUUGAAUCCAGAAACUAAUUAUAAUCAGCAAUCUAAAUUUUCAACUUUCACCUCAUACUUAUCAAUCCACUGUUGAGUGUCCUCAAUGCAAGGCUCGUGAGGUGACAAAGGACUACUGGUCAAACUCAGAAAAUUAGAAUCAUGUUCAUGUCCCUUCAAAGUGUCUUUGUUGUCCUUUAUGGCAUCUUCUUCCAAGGUAGGUUACUUCUUCAUAAGUGCUGGUCUAUGGGGUGUGUCCAGCUCAAAGUCACAUAUUCUCCUAGCUGCCUUAGUUGUCAUUAAACUGAUCCAUACCUGCACCUCUUUAGCUGUUAUGGUUUUUUGCCUCCAACCAACUCCUUGAUGAAGUAUCCAUGACAAACGAAACAUCAUCAAAUUGUAGGACCUUCUUGUUAGGCAAUUUCUGUGUCUCUACAAUCAUCUCUCUAAGACAAUAUGCCUCAUAUGAUCUUAACAAGUAUUCCUCCAAUGUCAUCAUGUAUACGAAGCAAGGGAAAUCAAUCUCACUAUGGGCUGUCAUACCUUGCUUGUAGCUGGAAUCUGAAAAUUGGGUUGAUUCUUGCUUGUCCAUAUCCUUAUAUGGCUGAAGUAAACUUGUGAACAUGGUUGCAUCCUCUGCAAGGCUUCCACAUGUUCGGCUAGGAGUUUAAACUUCUAGACAUUUGGACUGAAUUUUGUCUUUUCCAUGAUCAUUUGUAGGCUGCGAGUCACAAGCAAGUGAUUCCCCUUUCUUCUCCAUCCUUUCCUCAAUGGUGACUUCUGAGUUUUCUUCUUUCAAGAAUGGUACUACUGGCUUCCAUUCUUUACUCUGCUCAUUCAUUUCAAUUUCUCCAUCCAACUUGUCUUUAAGAUACUUUAAUUCAUCAUACUUAGAACCUAUGUCUUUUGUAAAAUCCUCAAGCCUUUCAACCUUUCCAUCUUCACAAGCAUCAACUCCCUCUUGACUAGACACAAUUUGACCUUCUUUUGACUUUGAUUGAGAUUCUGAUUCAGAAUUCAUUUCUUCUUUCCUUUUCUUUAUGUAGUACCUGGGAAAAGAUUCGGUGGCUUUGACAUCCUCAGCUUCAUCUGAGUAUUUAUCAAAAACUCAAAUAAUCUCCUCAUUCAGGGAUAUAAUAUUUCCCAUCAGACUUAGAUAUUCUUCAAAAAGUUAAAAGAUCCUUAUACUUUUGAAAACUUUUGUACCAUCUAGCGAUUUUUUAAGCUGCAAUUUCAUUGUCCUUUUCUUCCAUUCCUGUGAUCAAUCUAAGUACCCCAUAGUAAUUCUGGCUCCAAUACCACUGAAAUAAUCCUCACUGAUUUCUAUCAGACAUUUUCAAGGUAUUUCCCAACAAUUUUUACAAACAAUUUACAUGAAGCCUAAAAUCCAUUUGUUUAAUAUGUUUUGCAAACAGAAUAAUAACAGUCUAUGCUGGAAACUAAGUAAUCAGGAGCAAUAUGAACUGAAAUCAGAAUAAUAGCUGUCUCUGACCUUACACAGUUGUCACCAGUAAUUUCAUUAACUCGCUGCUGAUAUUUUACAACAAUUGGGUCUUGGCAUUAGAAGUCGGCAAUCCAGACUAUACACCUAACUCAGAAACUCAGCUCAAACUGAAGAUGCUGAUGCACUCCACCCUUUAGCUCUGCUACAGGUCGCACCAAGUGAGGAGUAACCAGCACAAACAAUGGAAGAAUUCCGUCUCUCCGUUCAUAUCCCUUGAUACACCGGGAUGGCCUAAACAGCACACACUAAGUGUUGACAGUGCUUAGGUGGCUGGUGGGCCCUCUUCAACCAUCCCAUUUGCCGUUCACAAGCUCCGUUUCCAUUGGCUUUCGAGCCUGUGUAAAUUUUAAAUUUUUUUGAAUGGUUUUAUCUUGCCGCCCAUAUUAUGUUCAUACGCGACAAACAACUUUCCAGACCGAACCGUUUUAUGCGUACUCCUGGCCUGUGCCAAAAAUGGCAGCUUUGGAACAGGGUAUGGGCGAUCCUCAGGAUAUGCUCUGCUAGACAUGUGUGCAAAAUUGGAAGAAAAGACAACGCAUCUGAACUGUUUGUGGGAUAUGCACAGAACCCUGGUCUCUUUGAAUGCUACGAUUGCAGGAUAUGCACAGAAUGCGUUUGUUGAAAAAGCUUCAGAAACCUUCAAGAGGAUCUAAUCGGCUGCAAUCUUUGCUAGCAUCCUCCCUGCCUGUGUCAAAAUGGGAGCUUUGGAACAGGGUUUGGUCAUCCACCACAGGUGAAAGGAUAUACGUAAAAAGGAUUUUUUCAAAAGGCUUCAGAAACUUUCAACCAAAUGCUAUCAACAGAUUUAGAGCCAGACUGCGCAACCUUAAUGGACAGAGGGCUUUUUUCAUAUGUAUAAAGCUUAAUGGAAGGUGGAUUUUUGUCAGAUAUUAUCGUUGGAAAUGCUCUAAUAGACAAAUAUGGAAACAUAAACGAGGCACAAUGCCAAAAAAAUGUGGCCUCAGAGAAUGCAAUGUUUGUCGGAUAUGCACAAAAUGAAUUUUUCAAGGAUGCUCUCUAAAUGUAUUUGAAUUAGUGAAGCAAUUUAGAACAUAUUCUGAAACUAAACUUCGUGUUAAAUGUGCCUGCAGCCAAGCAGGUUUAGAGAAUGUGGGUUAUACAUAUUUUAAUCACAUGGGUAACCUUUAUCACGUUACAUUUUCAA